AGCCUACGCGUUGUACCGCUACGUAUCGAAUCUAGUCCGGGUAAAAGUAGGGAUAGCUCUAGGCGUGUUAUCUCGCGCGAAUCAACCUAUCCCACGUAGCGCAAUCUGUGCUCCACGUAUCUCGCGUGCUUGCCAUGCACGCGUGCGUAUCGCAGACAUACGUGCGAGUGUCACGUUACCCGCCGCGGACGUAACGGGGAACGGCGGACUGCUCGUGGUUGCGAGGUAUCGUCGCGUCCACGGGAGUAAAACAGUUUUUUUUCCUCCUCCGCACGUGCGUGUCACACGGAGGGGUUUCUUUUUCCACCGGUUAUCGUCCUUCCUCGAGAUACUUGAGUUUUUCCGAAUGCGCGUAAUCUCGCGCUACGUGCGAGAUUGAGCUUCGUAUCGGAAUCGCAUCGUCAGAUGUUUACGCUUCGUCCAGCACGUAGGCGCGCCGAUGUGACUCGAGGACAGCGGGCCGUCAGCCGUGUGACUCGCGCUGUCGCCUUGUUCACGGUGGGAGUGUAAAUGCGACAAGCCGGUCGCGCAACAGCGCGACUUCUCCACGCCGAGAUGAAUCCCGCGAUUGGCGGAAGGAUGCUCUCUCGGCUGCUCCUGGCGGUCCUGCUUUUCCACCUGCAAGCGGGCGGAAAUUACUUCGGGACGAACUCCAGGAAGGACGAUCAAUGUUUCUGCAAGCUGAAGGGGUCCGUGGACGACUGCGCUUGCAACGUCGACACCGUGGACCAUUUUAACAAUAUGAGAAUAUACCCGAGAAUUCAGAGUCUUCUAGUCAGAGAUUAUUUUAGAUUUUACAAAGUGAACUUGAAGCAAGAUUGUCCGUUCUGGGCGGACGACAGCAAGUGCGCAAUACGCUACUGCCACGUGCUACCCUGCCAAGAUGGUGACAUCCCUGAAGGUUUAAAGGGAGACGUUGCGAGAGAUAGCCAUCUUGACGAAAGCCCGGUAGAUAAAUACAAAGCCAAUGCACAAAUUACAGACUGCAGGCAUAGCGCAAAGGAUCACAAUAUAGAACUUGGCUACUUGAACACGACAAUUAGCUCGGAAAACUACAAGGAAUUUGAGCGGUGGCAGCAGCACGACGAUGCCCAAGAUAAUUUCUGCGUAAAAGAAUCUAGUCCUGGAGAAUACGUGGACCUUCUGCUUAAUCCUGAAAGAUACACGGGGUACAAGGGAUUCAGUGCACAUAGAAUAUGGCGAAGUAUUUAUAUGGAAAAUUGUUUUAGGCCUGAAAACUCGCCUCACAUUUUUAUACAAUCUUCUAAGAUGAAUGGUAAGUCCUGCACUGCAUCAACUCCAUUCUUCUUCGACGUCAUGUCUUAUGGAAUAAGAAUGUGUUUAGAGAAACGAGUUUUUUACCGAGUUAUAUCCGGCUUACAUACCAGUAUCAACACACACUUGUGUUCAAAAUAUUUGCUGGUCCCACAAGACAGUUUACAAGUGGCGCCCGACAAUCAAUGGGGUCCCAACUUGGAUGAGUUAGAAAGGAGAUUUUCGCCUGAAACAACAGGCGGCGAAGGCCCAAGCUGGCUGAAGAAUCUAUAUUUUACUUAUUUACUUGAGUUGCGAGCUCUAGCCAAAGCUGCGCCUUAUUUGGAAAGAGAAGAGUACUAUACGGGAAACGAAGUGGAAGACAAAGACACAAGAUUGGCUAUGAACGACAUACUGAAUGUUGUUAGGUCGUUUCCGGUACAUUUUAACGAAACAGUUAUGUUCACCGGUGGAGCAGAGGCACAAUUGCUGAAGGAGGAAUUUAGACAACAUUUUAUAAAUAUUUCGCGUAUCAUGGAUUGCGUGGGAUGCGACAAGUGUAAGCUAUGGGGCAAAUUGCAGAUCCACGGUCUGGGGACCGCAUUAAAAAUAUUAUUCUCAGGAAAAUUUGAUAAGUGGGAGUCGACGCUUAACAACCUCAAUCGAAAGUUAUUCGUCUUGGAGAGGAGUGAAAUCGUUGCUUUGGUUAAUGCUUUCGGAAGGCUGUCCGAAAGUAUCUUCGAAUUGGACGGAUUUCGCAGAAUGAUGAGAUAACAUACCACCGAUUUGUAAUUAGAGAUACUCCAGUACCCAUUACGAAACAUCACAUAAACGCAUCACGUUGCUCAGAUUUUUAUUUUUCGCUUUUCCGUUCUUUGUAGGGCGAUUUUGUUGCACCUGACCUAAUCGAUUGAAUUGCGCAUUUGCGUUAAUAUAUAAGUUUUUUUGAUAUUGCAUUUUAAAUUAAACUACAAUUGCAUAUUUAUAUUGUAGUUAAAUAAUAGGGAUAGAUCUGAUCGUGGCUUUAUAUGAAAUUUUAUACGAGUGUCUUUUCUGAGCGAGAAUAUGUUGUUCUGUUGGAGCAGUGCUAUUAUUGGCAUAUUAAAUCUUGGAAUUACGUAAACGCCAGUUCAAUUGUCAGUUUAGUUAGGCAAUUAAGUUUGGAGUCUAGUUAUCCAUUAUCUCUUCCGAUACUGUAGGAACGUUGUAUAUACAUGCACUCACAUAAAUGCGUAAUGUAUAAUUAUGUAAUAAUAUGUAAGGACCGAUUGCACCAGUGUUUACUCAUACAAAUCAGUAACUGACAAUGAGUUUUUCCUUCCUAUAUUGUACUAUAAGACUAUUAUAUAAAAAAAAACUGAGAAUUAUUAAUCAAGCUUAGAGGGAAAGAGUUAUUGCAGGUGGUUAUCUUACGAAGGGUGUAACUAGAGAUAUGUUUAUCUUGUAAGACUGGCGUCCGAAUUGAUAUUUUCUUCCUAUUUGUAUUAUAGCUUUCGACUCUGUCUGUGAUAAAUAUUUUAUCUAGGGCAACUUUACCUAACUUAAAUUUGUGUGCGUUAUGCUUUGAAGUUGGGGUUUCGUUUGGAUGUAUAGUACAUAUUUUUAUAAUCGUUGUAAAACCUUACUCAUGGGAGUGAUUCAUGAUUUUUAAGGGCAUGGACUGUUGUAGAAUUAUCGUGUACACAAAUAUACAUAUAAAUACUUGAAGCGAUAUAAAAAUACUACAAUUCUCGAUAUUCAUACACGUAUACAUGUGUCGAAAUUUGUAUUAUAUUUAUAUAUGACUAGUGCAAUAAUCUUGUACUUGCGAAGUUUUGCAUGCGCGUGUAAGUUUUAUUCAUAUUAGAACGGAGCUUGCGAUAUGCUAUCGAUAUUUUAUAAGAACGAUAUAACACGUAGUCUAUAAAUGAGGAAGGGGAAAAAUAAAUUUGGAUAUAACAUUCCAAACGUA